AGGUUUGCAUGGUUCCUCGAAAGUGGAGCUAAGUCAACUAACAUUAGCUAAUAUUAGCUAACAUUAGCUGGCACCAACUCACAUCUGCACCUUCAGUUUGCAAUUAGCGAAGGCUAGUUAGCCAUUACAGCUAACUAGCACUAACAUAACCAUCGUAUGCUGGAGUUGUUUGGUGUCCAACAGGAGCAGGGAGGUCUUGUACACUGUGUUUGUCAUCCCCUCGGUGCCCCCCCCUUCACUGCUUGGACUGCUCCAUUUCGCAUCUGAAAAAAUCAGAUAGUUGGAGAAGAGUUCUUCAUGUCAGGGACUGCUGUAGCCUCAGCACAAAGAGUACUGUAGCUCCUGGAUCACGUAAGAUAAUAUUUUCUGAAACAAAUGGAUGAGAAAGAAUUGAGUGAUCCCAUGAAUAACGUAUCACUGAUUAAAGAUGACCUGACAAGGUCAAACAUGGGGUCUUCUGGUGACUCAGAAAAAAUUAUCCAGCGCUUGAAUGAUGAACUUCGAGAGGCCCAGGAGCUAGCUAACACCGAGAAACACAAAUGCAUGGAACUACAAGGCAUCCUGGAGGAAGAGAGAAAGGAAAACAAACAGCAAGCUGAUGAAUCUGCCAAACAGAUAAAACUUCUUCAAGGCCAGCUGCGGCAGCUCCAAGAUGAAAUGGGCGUUCUCAGAGAGCAGAUAGAUGCUUCCUCCAGUUCACGCGAAGAGCUACAAAGUGCACGUGAUGAGGUGAAGUCACUGAAACGUGCCCUGGAGUCAGCCGCUGCUGAGCGGGACCGUGACGUCGCUGCUAUCCAGGCUAACCUGGCAACCGUCUCGAAGGAUCUGGACAAGUGGCGUCAGACUGCCAACAAAUAUGAGCAUGAGAUUGACAACCUACAGCGUGACCUUCAGCAGCAGAGCAAGCAGUGGCAGAAAACUGCAGAGAUACAAGCUAGUGAGCUGCAGUCCAUGCAGGUGGAGUGUAAUGGCCUUCAGAAGGAAUGCUCUGUCCUGCGAUCUGAGAAACAAGACGUUGUGAAUAAGCACCAGAAGGAAAGGAGCAGUCUGCAAAGUGAAUGUGCUUCCCUCCGGGCUGAGAAGGAGGAGCUCCUCAAGACUCACCAGAAAGAGAAGAGCAACCUGCAGAGUGAACAUGCAGCACUGCGCUCUGAGAAGGAGGCAGUGCUGCAGAAACAGCAGCAGCUGGAGAAGGACCUUGCCAGUUCACGCGCCCAGAAUGCUGAACUGAUCAACAGCCUCAAAGCCCUAGAGAGAUCCCAGCAGGAGUUGGAGAAGAGACUGGCAGCCCUGCAGCUCCAGCACCAGGAGGAUAGCACCAAGUUCCAAACCCAGCUGGAUGAAGCAGACAGUCGCAGCAAGGCUCUGCAGAGAGAGUAUGAGGAGGCGAAGACGGAGCUGUCAGACCUAAAGGAAAAAUAUGAGAAGACUGAGCAGGAAAAACAGUCGCUUACAGAUGAACUUGAGGAGUGCAAAGCCAACAUGAAGGAAUUACAGGGGAAGGGAACAACGACAUCCCUAUUGCUGCCUGUUCAAGCCAUAGUCAUCGGCCUUAUCCUGGCUUUGCUGUAUUGGUGCUUCGGCGCAUUGUGGUAGUAAGAAACCGUGGAUGAUCUGGGGGCCUGUGGUUGCUGUGGCACUGACAGCUGUGACUGCUGCUGUGCUCUUCAGGACCUGAGGGCAGCUCGGUCAUACUCACACACAAGGGAAUCCAUAUUUGUCAUCAGAUUUGUCAGCACUGAAACUGAAAAACUUGCCCCCCUUAUCAUAUCUGCACUAUUAAUUAGGAGGGCUCAUACUUAACACUGUUUAAAUUUUAAGAUGCUCUAUUUUAGAUGGCAGAGAAGUUAAUAAAAGAAUGUUGGUUUUGUGUGCAAAUGAAUACGUUUGUUUGUCUGUCAUGUGAAGCAACUCUAGUUGGGUUUAUGUUUUUUUUUUUGGUGGCUAUUUUGACUUAUAGGAUCAUCCUUUAACGAAUGUAAUCAUACUCUACACACUUAAUAAAUUCUAAAUAUAUACGGUGACAUUUUUGGAGUUUGAACCUCCCUAAAUGUAACACGUCUGUAAUUGUCAGAAUAAUAAACAUUAUCACAAUAAUUCAGCCCCUAAUUGAGUGCAUGAUGAAUGCCCUAGAUACAAUACAUAACAAUACAUCAGCGGAUGGUUGUGAUGGACACUGCUAAGAUAUUUUCUGUUAGCAUAAUCACUACCAGUGUGGAAAUAGAUUUUUAAAAAGCCUGUUGAGCACAUUUUGGCCACGUGUGAGAGGACUGGGGAAGCUAUUUGAGUAGAGAGUUUAGCUGUGCAGGAUCUUGUUCAGGACAGCAAAUAUCAACCUCCUGUGUGUUUGUCUUCUGCCUUCUGCUUUUCAUCUAAGAUACAUGAUGUUAAAAUAUUACAUUUAUUUAGGACAUGUUUUUGUGCCUCUGCCCCAGUUGCAAGCCUCUCAGAAUCAGUUGGCAUUGCAGCAUUACCUGCUAUUUCUUUACAAAGGAGGAUAGAACAAGGGACAUAAAUUUACAGUUUCAGUGCUCAGCAAUAUGAAAACAGACGUUAGGUGCAACAGACAUUUUAUUGAAAAUGGUAAUCAAC